UCCCCUCUCUCUCGACGUCCUGGGUGGAGAGCAGUGUGUGUGAGUGUGUGUAUCAGUGAGGAGCACCAUGCUGACACACACGGCCCAGGCUGCUCUCUCUCUCGCCGCCGCGUUCCUGCUGCUGGACGUCACCAAAGUCGGGGGAUCGGUGAUCGGGGCAGUACGGCAAGAUGAGGAGGAGAGGAAGAACGACACUGCAACAGCCCCUCUACAGGUCAUGGUAAUCCCGUCACAUGUACAAAUCCAGGCAGGACAGAGGAAACGUGUUCUCUGCAGAGCGACAGGGAAAGCUGAGAGCAUCGUCUGGAUCGGCCCUGACGGAGAGAGCAUCUCGGAAAAUGACAAAAACAUCAAAGCGCACAGACACGACGAGUCGACCAGCUCGCUCGUCAUCGUCUCGGCUCGGGUGGAGAAUGCGGGCGUGUACUCGUGUGUGGCUGAAAACACACACACCUCUGCGCAGGCCGAGGUCAACCUGGAGAUUGUGUUGAAGCGAGCCCGCAGAAAGGCAAAGAAGGAGGAACGAGGGAAAAGACAAAAAGAACCAAAACCCACGAAAAAACCCAAGGGUGAAAAAACCACCAAGAAGCCCAAGACUGACAAGAAAGACAAGAAAAAGAAAGACAAGAAAAAGAAUAAAGAGAUUAUCACCACCACUUUACCGCCGACAACCACCACCACCGAGCCGCCCACCACCGAGCCGCCCACCACCGAGCCGCCCACCACACCUCCUCAAAUCGAUUAUGAUGAUGAGUUUGUGGAUCCUUUUCCAGAUGACUACUGGGAUGAAGUAUACAUGACAGAGGAACCCAAGACCACCACAGCACCUCCUGCUCCCCCGACGCAAAAAACUUCAGAUGAUCUUGAAUUCUUCCCAACAGAUGAAUAUUUGGAGCCCUUCAUUGACCCCGAUGAUGACUACUGGAAGGUUGAUGAUCCUGAACCUACAGCCCCAGGUAUCGGCGGGAAAGGCAAGGAUGAAGAUGACUAUUGGGGACCAACAUUCGAGGUGUCAGAAGUACCAAUCCCAUUCCCAGAUGGUAAAGAGAUCGUCCCGACUGACAGUGAUUGGAGUUACUCUAUUACAGAGCCCACGGUCCCAACCUACGACAGCAAGUGGUGGGAGGAGUACGACUACGAGGACGAGAAGAAAAAGGCAGAGGACCUGGAGAGAGAGAGGGAGAGAGCGGGGGAAAAAGAGAAGGAGCAGGAGCGGGAGAAUGAGUGGGAUCAGAAGAAGGAGAGAGAAUGGGACGAGAAACGGAGGGUGGAGGAAGAGGAGGAGGAGGAGGAGGAGAGAGAGCGGAGGAUCAAAAAACCACCGCGCAUUUACCGAGAGCCGAGAGUAUGUCCUCCACUGGGCCUGGAGUCUCAUCGAAUCGAGAGUGACCAGCUGCAAGUGUCCUCCAUGCAAUUUCACCGCUACGGCUCUCACAGAGCUCGCCUCAACAUCCAGGCGUCAGGAGAUGAGGACAAUAUGAAUGGAGGAGCGUGGUGUCCUAACCCUGAAGACAAAGUCCACUGGAUCGAACUGGACACGCGCAUGCUCACCGAGUUCACCGGGGUCAUCACACAGGGCAGAGACGACCCCAUAGAAAACGAUUACGUUACUUCCUACUACGUGGGCUUCAGUAAUGACAGCAGGGAAUGGACUGUGCUCCAUGACGGGUACUCAGAAUGGCUGUUCUUCGGGAACUCUGACAAACACACCCCAGUGAUGUCUCAGUUCUUGGACCCGGUAGUGGCGCGUUACAUCCGCAUCUAUCCCCAGAGCUGGAACGGCUCCGCCUGCAUGAGGCUGGAGGUCCUGGGCUGCCCUUUGCAUGAUUCUGUCAAUGAGCACCAGAGGCAGAACGAGGUGACGCCAAGAGAUGACCUGGACUACACUUACCACAAUUACCUGGACAUGGAGAAGUUGAUGAAGUCCAUUUCAGACGAGUGUCCCAACAUCACCAGGUUGUACAGCUUGGGUAAGAGUUACAAAGGCCUAGAUAUCUACGCCAUGGAAAUCACUGAUAAUCCUGGGAUCCAUGAGACCGGUGAGCCUGAGUUCCGCUACACAGCAGGUUACCACGGUAACGAGGCUCUAGGCCGAGAACUCCUGUUGCUACUAAUGCAGUACCUCUGUAAGGAGUACAAAGAUGGAAACCCGCGAGUGCGCACCCUGGUGGACGGAAUACGCAUUCACCUCGUACCCUCAGUCAACCCCGACGGCCAUGUGAUUGCUUUUGAGAAGGGUUCAGAGCUGGGCAGCUGGACUCUGGGACACUGGACUGAGGAUGGACAUGACAUCUUCCAGAACUUUCCAGAUCUCAAUACUGUGUACUGGAAUGCAGAGGACAAGGGCAUGGUGCCCAAACUGACUCCCAAUCACCACGUUCCAAUUGCUGAGGGCUAUCUGGCUGAAAAUGGACCUCUAGCAGUGGAGACACGAGCCCUCAUCUCCUGGAUGGAUAGCCACCAGUUUGUUCUAGGAGCCAAUUUGCAAGGUGGAGAGCGAAUGGUCACCUACCCCUUUGACAUGCGUCGCCUCACCAAAGAGUCUGAGGAGCUGGAGAAAAAGUUGAACCCAAGGGCAUACCGUCGCAAGCGCCAGUAUGAUGAAGAGGAAGAACCAGAACCAAAUCCAUACCUCCACAUCGGGUACCAUCAAGAGAGCUACGGUGACCACCAAGAGGGGCAAGGUUACCAUCAAGAGAACUAUGGCUAUCACCAAGAAAGGCAAGGUUACCAUCAAGAGAACUAUGGUUACCACCAAGAAAAUUAUGGAUAUCAUCAAGAGAACCAAGAGUACCACCAUCAAGAGAACCAGGGGUACUAUCAUGAGGGUCACUCUGAAGGGGACCACGAAGGAUACCAAGAAGGAUACCAUGAAGGAUACCAGGAAGGGCACCAGGAGGAAGGCUAUGAACAAGGGUAUGGACAGGCAGAACCAGAUGAGAUCAGGGUGGCUGAGGACCAUUCCUUGUUUCGGUGGUUGGCCAUAUCUUAUGCUUCUACUCACCGGACGAUGACAAAUACGUUCCGGGGAGGGUGUCAUGCCGAAGACCCCACAGGUGGGAUGGGAAUUGUCAACCGUGCCAAAUGGAAGUCCAUUCCAGGGAGUAUGAAUGAUUUCAGCUACCUGCACACUAACUGUUUUGAGUUGUCCGUCUUCCUGGGCUGUGAUAAGUACCCCCAUCAGAGUGAGCUCCUGAGAGAGUGGGAGUACAACAGAGAGGCUCUGCUCACAUUCAUGGCUCAGGCUCAGCGGGGGAUAAAGGGGGUUGUCCGGGACAGGGAGGGGAACCCCAUUGUAAAUGCCAGUAUUGCUGUGGAAGGAAUCAAUCAUGAUGUCACCACAGGUGAGGCUGGUGAUUACUGGCGCAUGCUGAAUCCUGGCGAGUAUCAGGUAACAGCACGGGCCUACGGUCAUUCCUCCGUGAGCCGGAAGUGCGUGGUGGGUUUCGAACCAGGCGCCACCCUGUGCAACUUCGAGCUCAACAAAUCUAACUGGGACCGCAUCAAAGAGAUCAUGGCUCUUAACGGCAACAGACCCAUCCGACUGCUCAACCCAGGAACAGGAAGACGUCAAACCUUGCGUGGUGACAGAAAGAUCAGCAACCAGAUUCCUAGUGGUAAUGCUGGAUUCACUGAACGAUCCCGUAUGCGACGCCUACGGUUUUUGAAGAUUCGUCAGUUGAGGCAGCAGAGACUGCUGGCCAAGAUGUCAACUACACCAAGUAUGCCAACAACACUGCUGCCGACGACCACAGAACCCACCACUACUCCCAGCACCACCACAACCCAAACAUUUUCUCCAGAAUUAGAGACCUUCACGCCGUGGUAUGACUCGUGGUUCCCAGAGGAGGAAAACACCGCCCAACCAGAGCUUGAGGUCACAGACUCCUUUAACUACAACUAUGACUUCAAGAUUAAUGAUUACUAAGACUAAGGGUCAGCAAAGGGUUUGUGCUACUUUCUCUUUUUCAUCAGCGCUCGUGGAAAGUUCUUAACAAUCAGAUGGGUUCUGAAGGAAGUACUCCCAGAAGGGAAUUUUGUUCAAGUGCUCUACCAAGAACUUGCCUUAUUUCAUCAGUUACAAGGAACUAACGCUGUUUAAAACAGGCAUCUAUGGAUCAGUGAGACUUGAUGGUGUAAAUUGAUUAGCCAGUUAGUAACAAAAGUGAUAUGAUCUCCUUUCCAGUUUUUCCAUAGAUCUGAAAAUACAGCUUUAACUUACACAAUGUAUUUUCCACAUAAACUAAUUUAAUCAACUGUUCUAUACUUUGGAUCAUAUUCAGUUUGCAACUUUUUGACCAAAUGUAACUUAAACCCCACCCCUUUCUGAUCAAAACAUAGCCAUCACUUACUAUCAAAACAAACACGUCUAUGCUGUUUUUUUAAACCAAAACAAGUUUGCAUUACAUAACUAAUCCUGACGAAAUAAAACUAGUUGCUGUAAGCGUUCUCCGCAGUCCACAGCUUUUGUUUUUCCCAAAGCCAGUAACAGGCUACAGAUGUGGCGAUCAUUUUUCAAUAACAACAAUUCCUCUACACCCUGUCACAUCUUUCUUACAAUUCCACUGGGCUUAAACCUCAGAACCUCCCACCUCCCACCCCAUCCCAUGUCCUUGGACAACCCGCACGGUUCCCACAGAGCCAAAAACUGAACAUUUAUACAAAAAAGUGACUUUAUUUACACUUCUUUCACACAAGUAAGCACCUCUGUCAGCACUGCACAUGGUCUACAGGAAACGUUUCUCUCAGAGAGACCUUAAGGUUGAAUGGACUUGUUUCAUCCAAUAAAAGCUUGAUUAUGGA